CCUUCCUGUCUCCAGCCGAGUCAAAAUCCCGAGGGAAGAGAAAGAGGAAAAAGGAAAAUGGCGGCGGCGGCGCUUCGUCCGGCGAUCCUCCGCCACAUCCGCCUCUUGCCCACCACGGUGGCACCUCUCGCCGCUGCCGCCGCGGCGGGCCAGCCCCACGCCCAGGCGCUGUGGCUCACGCGGCCAAUGUCCUCCCACGACGCGCACCUCACCCGCGACGAGGUCGUAGACCGCGUUCUCGAUGUCCUCAAGAGCCACCCCAAGGUUGACCCCUCCAAGGUAACCCCCGAUGCACACUUCGACAAGGAUCUGGGGCUGGACAGCUUGGACACGGUGGAGGUGGUGAUGGCGAUUGAGGAAGAGUUCAAGCUCGAGAUCCCCGACUUGGAGGCCGACAAGAUCGACUCCAUGCAGCUCGCUAUCGAGUACAUCGUCAACCACCCCAUGGCCGGCUGAGUGUCCCCCUUCCGAUUGCCCUUGUCCCUGGGUGAGGCUUUUCUUGUUUCUGUUUCGGACGAUGAAUAAUUGACUCGAGUUGUUCAGGAAAACUUGUCCCUGUUGCUC